AUGUUCAUCUACAUCAAGCAUGGAGAUGGCCAGCAUUUUCUUGCUAACCCUAACUGUAGUCUCAUAAUUUUCCGGAAUUACUUGGAGGAAAAGCUGAACAUUCAGCACCCAGGUUCAAAAUACAAACCUUUUGUCUCUGCAGACACAGUGGAUUUGUAUGAUGACCAGAUGAAUAUGAAGUUGCUGUUCCGAAUGAAAGAUCCAAAUGAAAAUCUUGAAAACCUGUUUGAGCCAAGAGGAACCUACUAUGCAUGCAAAAUUGAACGAAACGAAGCAGACAAUUCCUUUAAAUCGAUUGUUCCACUUGAAAUCAAUGCAAACGCAGAAUUGUUAGGGCAGGCCCAGGGUACCAGGCUGACAGAUGCAACACUGGAGACAUUAGUGGUGCAUGUGGGCAGGAAGGUCAACUCCCCAAGUCCUGGACUCAAGGACCAGAAGCAGUGUCAGAAGAGGUCUAGUGAUGUCACAGGGCUGGUCAAGCUUCCCCAUCAUCUCAUGCAUGGCCCAUCUCAGAGGCUCAUCAUCCGACUUGGACGUCGCAGAUGCCUCUUCCCCACCAGUCCUCCGAGUGCCAGUGAGCUUGGCUGA